GCGCAAAAUGAGCCACGAGAAGGCCACAUCCACUGCUGGUAAAAAGUCUUCUAGGAUCCCCAAGUGUUCUCGGUGCAGGAACCACGGCUACGUGUCACCGUUGAAAGGACACAAGCGAUUCUGCACUUGGAAGGACUGUCAGUGCCAGAAGUGCAAACUGAUCGCAGAACGCCAGCGGGUGAUGGCGGCGCAGGUUGCUCUAAGAAGACAGCAAGCUCAGGAUGAAGAUUUGGGUCUUUGUCAGCCUAUCCCAAUACCUAAUCCAGAAUUAGUCAUCAAAACUGAAGGUACUGGAAGUGGAUUGUACCUGCUUGCUCAGGGAACUGGAUCUUCAGCAUUGGCUUCAGACAACAUACAGUUAUCCCCAGCAGAGAACCCUGCCAGCCUGCAAGAGAGUUUGCCCACUUUCAGCCGUGGUCAAAUGGAGGGAUCCAAGGACCUGAUUGUUGAUUCUUCAUACUACAGCAAUUUUUACCAGCCAUCACGUUAUCCACCUUAUUAUAACAACUUGUACAACUACCCACAAUACCAGGUACACAGUGGUGAAAAUUUGUUGGCCAACCACAAUAUGAAUCCUCAGUACCAGAUGCACUCAUAUUACUCAGCAGCUUCUUAUCUUGGGCAGAGUAUUGGUUCAUCCUCUCACAUCCGUCAAUUAAUGGCCAUGGAUGAAAGCCCCACAUACACAGAACCAAAGAUGAGCAUAUUUUCUCCAUUUGGCUGUCAAGAAGCAGGUUCAUCAUGCUUGCCCACUGGUUCAGGUGGUAACUCUGGAACCACAAAGCGGGAAUCUGAAGAAACCAGCGAAUCUGGAACCUUUAUGGUUGAGUCCAUCAUUGAAAGCAGCAAUUAGGAACAAUAUGAGGCUGAUUGUGUAUGUCUGGAAGAGUCUUGAGUCCGUUUUCUUAAUUUUAGACUUUUUGUCAGUUGCCAUAUUAAUUUUGUUAUCAGCUGUAUUAAAAUUAAUUGAAAUUAUGUGAGAAAAAUACAAAAUGCUUUAUGUGAUUUUUCCACGUACAAAAUAAUGUACUAAAGUGCUUGUUUAAUUUAAUGUUAUAGAAAAUUUUAAAAAUAUUAGCAUUGUUAGGCU